CCUACGUCCAAUCCCCCAUAAAUACGUGUGUGCCCCGACUCGGUCUCUCCACCGAUCGCGCCCGCGACACGUACGACGGCGACGGCAGCGGCGGCCAUGUCGUCGGACGACACGACGCCGACGCCGCUGGGGCGGAGGACGAAGCCGAAGCCGCCGAUGUCCCGCCUGAUGCGGCUGUCCCUCAAGGCCGUCGACUGGGCCACCGACGCCACGCGCCGCGCCGACGGCACGCUCAACCGCCUCGCGCUGUCCGUCCUCGACCCGCGCGUCCCGGCCUUCUCCUCCCCGUGCCGCGGCGUCGCCUCCCGCGACGUCCUCGUCCACCCGCCCACCCGCCUCCGCGCGCGCCUCUUCUACCCCUCCGCCGCCGCCGGCAAGGACGAGCGGCCUCCUCCUCCUCGCCCUCUCCCCGUCAUCGUCUUCUUCCACGGCGGCGGGUUCGCGUUCCUCUCCGCGGCGUCCGCGGCGUACGACGCCGCGUGCAGGCGUAUCGCGCGGUACGCGUCCGCCGCGGUGCUGUCCGUCGACUACCGCCGCGCGCCGGAGCACCGCUGCCCGGCGGCGUACGACGACGGGAUCGCCGCGCUGCGCUACCUCGACGACCCCAAGAAUCACCACGGCGGCGGCGGCGGAGGCGUCCCGCCGCUCGACGCCGCCCGAUGCUACCUCGGCGGCGACAGCGCGGGGGGGAACAUCGCGCACCACGUCGCCCGCCGCUACGCCUGCGACGCCGCCGCCUUCGAGAACGUCCGCGUCGCCGGCCUCGUCGCCAUCCAGCCCUUCUUCGGCGGCGAGGAGAGGACGGACUCGGAGCUCCGCCUCGACGGCGCGCCCAUCGUGACCGUCUCCCGCACCGACUGGAUGUGGCGCGCGUUCCUCCCCGACGGCUGCGACCGCACCCACGAGGCGGCCAACUUCGCCGCCCCGUCCGCCGCCCCCGGCGUCGACUCCCCGGCGUUCCCGCCGGUGCUCCUCGCCAUCGGCGGCUACGACCCGCUCCAGGACUGGCAGAGGCGGUACGCCGAGAUGCUGCGGGGCAAGGGCAAGGACGUGAGGGUGUUCGAGUACCCCAACGCCAUCCACGCCUUCUACGUCUUCCCGGCGUUCGACGACGGCCGCGACCUCAUGAUACGCAUCGCCGAGUUCGUCGCCGAGAGCGCCGCCGCCGCAGCCGCUGCCAGCGGCGGUGGCAGCGAGUGACCGGGCCACGGAGCAGCAAGGUGUUCGUCCGCGUGUCAGCGUCGACGUGGCGUGCGUGGCGGUGGCGCCGACUUGUUUGGCUGGGUUAGCGUGUGUCUAUGAUAAGCAGUGCAGUGUAUAGUCUCUUGGUGAUGUAAUUUUUUCGAGGUUUAGGUGUGGUUUGCUUGAGUGAUUAAGUAAGAAAUAGUUAAAUUAAUGUGGACGAUAAUUAUAUAUUAGUAUUACUUUUGCUAUGUUUGGUAUGAGAUGUAUGAGUAGUGUUGAUUAAGUUGGUGAUUUCGUGAACGGAUGAUGAAAACGGCUGAUGUGGAUUGAUUGAUGCAA